UAGAUAGAUAGAUAGAUAGAUAGAUAGAUAGAUAGAUAGAUAGAUAGAUAGAUAGAUAGAUCUAUCGUAGAUAGCGUGCCCAUCGCCAUUGGAGUGUCCUGUACCUGUGUCCGGAUGGAAGUGCUGUGAAGUGUGGGUGGAGGGGCUGAGUUUGAUCUCUGGUCAUAGACAGUGCAAGGCGUGUGAAAACUUCCGAGGUUGAGAUCAGUUGUGUGUGGGGUGGUGAAUGAUUUCAGUUAAAGUCACACACAAACAUACAGCACACCCACACAUGCAUACGGUACACCCUUCGUUCAGGACCAGCACUUCCUCUUAACAGAGUGGCUGUGCAGAAGCAGUGUGGGCUCCUCACAGUUCACACAGGUCUCCAGUAAAGAGGCAACAACAAGGUAGGCUUGGGUUACUUUUCAUUUCCAUAUUUUUGUAUGUGCAAUUUUCAGUCUGGAUUCUACACAGUAGCAAAGGUUUUUUAAAUCUUCUCUAAUGUAUUUUGUAUUUAAAAAAUGGCUGAUAGUGAUGUUGCAACUAAAGACAUAUUUUAUGAGUAAGUGCUACAUCAGAGCAAAGGCUACUUUAAACAUUUUUGCUGAAAUGGACAUAUAUCACAGAAAAGAUUAACCAUUUUAUGUACUGAAAACCUGUUUAAAGCAGUAAAACACAAAAUGAAAUGAAGAUACAAAGACCUAAUAUAUUGGACAGAUUUACUGAAUGCUUAUCCACAUACAGAGAAAGCGCUCACGUGUUAGAAGCUAUUUUGCUAUACUGCUAUAUUAAAUACCAAUUAUUCUGCCCAUCUGUAAUCGACACAGGAUCUCUGUAACUUCACGGCCACGAUGGAAGAUAGAAAUCUGACGUUUCGCCUGACACCAAACACCUCUUCCAUGCUGUGCCAGUCCCUCUCAACCCACACCGUCCUGCCAACCCUCUACACCCUGAUGUUUCUGACGGGCCUCCCGGGAAACAUCCUUGCCCUGUGGGUCUUCAUGGUCAAGAUCCCCGACAAGACCCCCACACACAUCUACCUCAUCAACCUGGGUGUGUCCAACCUGGUCCUGUGUCUGUUAAUGCCCUUCCUGGCAGUGUACUACGCCCAGAGCUGGCGAAUGGACCAUCCCAUCUGCAAGCUGGCUGUGUCCUGCCUCACACCCAUACUGCACACCAACAUCACGCUGGGAAUGAUCAACCUGACCUUGGUGGCUCUCAGCCGCUGUGCUACGCUCGUCCAGAACACCCAUGCUCACCGGCCCAGCCGCGUCAUUGCCGUGCUUCCGUCCGCUCUACUGCGCAAGCUGUGCCUCAAGCGCUUUGCCUGGGCCUUCUGCCUUGGCACCUGGGCUCUGAUCCUGGCAGGCCUCACUCCAGCCAUGUUGUCCUACUCCACCGUGACCAAGCAGGCGAAUGCGAGAGAUGAUGUGUGCUACAGCGUCGAGGUGGAGGUCGGCAACCAUGAUACGGUGUCUACCAUGACGUCCAUUAUUGUAGGAAGUGUGGUGAUCUUCUUCCUCUGCUACCUGGUCGUGCUGGGCUCGUACGUUGCCGUGGCGCGACAUAUCUUCCGCAUAGGAAGCAGGACGGUCAUCUCAAACCGCCAUCGGGUCUACUCCAGAGUGUUUCGGAACAUUGUGGUCAUCCAGGCGGUAUUGACCAUCUGUCUGAUGCCUCACCACAUCUUCAAGGCGGUUUUUGUGGCCUUGACUCACGAGAACCUGAAUUCUCCUUCCCCGCCUGUCAUGGGUGUCUGUCACCCUCUCUCUGUGCACGUCGAGGUAAAGAACUUGCUCCUCUGUCUGGCCGUUCUCCGGUGCAGCACUGAUCCAGUCACCUACUUCCUGUUAGACAGGACGUUCCAUAGUCACAUCGUCACCCUGCUGGGACGCAACCCGCCCUCCAAAUGCACCCAAAUGUCAGGGUCACCGGAUGGUAGGACCUCACAAGCAUCCAGGGCUCAUCAAUCAGUAGUCAGUCCUGAGAGGACACAGAACAGCCUUGACAUGUUAAGAGCGAACAAAAGUUUGGAUGGAUCACAAUCAGCCAGCACUUUGUGACUGCAACAUAUCAUAUAUUCACAAUAAUGUGUAAAGGAUUCUAUUUGCAAUCACAAGAACAAUAUUUUUUAGGAGCGCUUCCCGUACUCCGAGGAGAGGAGAACUGGAGAUGCACAAACAGAAGGAUAUCCAAGGCUCUUUCCUUUUCAAAAAGGCUUUUUGAAAAGGAGAAAGCUUUGGAUUUCAUUCUGUUUGUGCAUCAAAAUUAUUCCCCUUGCACUCGAGUCCAUCAGAAGCCAUGGAACAGGGCUGUUGGAGACCAAAGAAGGUGGGAAACUUGAUUAACUUGUAAAAAUGUUCAUCAUUCUCUUUUGAAUUGCUUCAAUUGAAACGAGUCACUUGAAGGGAAAGCAAGUAUUAUCUGUGCUACUGGUUGCCUGUGAUAUGAGUAUACUGCCAUCUCAAAAAAGGCUGAUGCUGUAGCAGACGCAUUGUGUCAGAUAAACCCCUCAGCUAAUUAUAGGUUUUCUACAUGAGAGAAAGAGUGAGCUGAGAUGCAGUUCAAUUUCAUGCAGCGGUUACCAAAAACAUCUCACUAACUGGGACAAUCUAUGUGAAUAUCCAGUCAUUAAUUGUGUGAUAUGUUUCUCAGUGAAUAGUGUGCGUGCGUGUGCGUGUGUGCUGGGAAGAGAGGAUCACUGAUGAGGAACCGUAAGCAGAUAUCACUGUGACAGAAGCAACGGAGAGAAUUGCUGACAGCAGUUGCACAGCCUAGUUGCAGAGGUUCCCUUGACGUCUGUCCUCUGUUGCGAAAUCCAAGACGGACAGCAUCAAUGCUGGGAAUUAGACAGUGCAUGUAAAAGUACAAAGAACAGCAGAACGGAUCUCGUUUCUGUCCCUUACAAGGAAAGCAGACUAGGUGUCAAUGUCAGGUGACUAGGAGUUAGGGGACUGAUUGGUCAGGUGACUAGGAGCUGAGGGACAGAUUUGUUGAAUAAAUGGGGCACAGGAUACCCUGCCCUGUGCUGCAAUUUAGAGUUUUGUGCAUCAGGAUCUUCUCUUAAAAUACUUUGAUCUUGACACAACGGCUAAUUUUUCACACAGCAAAUGAAAAGUACAAGGUAUAUAGUGGAUUUAAAACACUUUAGUUUUUGCUGUCAACUGUAAUUCUUCAAAGAUAUUUAUUUUGGGUGAAAGGCUUAUGGUGAGAAAAAAAACGAGGCUAUCAUUUCCACAUUACAGUCGCUAUUUACUGUAUGUUGUUACAGCACAGAAGAGAAAUGCAGGCAUUAGAGGUAGAAAGAAGGGGGUGGGACAGAUGUGUGGUUGACUGGUGCUUUCAGGCUUCAAUAGCUGCAACCAACUUUUGGUUGUGAAACUUUUGGUUGAGCAUUUUUGUUGGGUAGAUUAAAAUAAUAUGAAGGUUGUGCAGAGGUUAAUGCACGGACAGAGAGCAGUGUACAUAGAAAUCCCUUUAGUCUUUGUAGCAUUAUCAAGUUCUUCAUGUCAACACAUUAUUUUCUCGUGUGUGGAGAUGUUCUGCAAAAAGUGGUGUCUCAUUCUCCUGACACGCAAGCAUAUAUUUACGAGAGGAAUAAUAAUAAUAAUAAUAAUAAUAAAAACUUGUGUGAAAACUAUUGUCUCACCCCUUUCUCCCAAAGGCAAAAACGUAUAGUACCAGUGCAGCAGUCAGUCUCACACUGGAGUCCACAUGGGGCCUACAAACAGAUGUUGUGCAUUCAAUUGUGUGCUGAUGAACUGCGGGCUCCAUAAGGAAUGAGUGUGUCACAUGUGCUGAGAAUCCAAUGGGGAGGCAAACAGGUAAUUGGACAAGGGGCCCAGAAUUGGGUUCUCAUCACAUUGCACAUACGUAUUGGAUAGGGGGCCCUCUUCGAUGACUUUGUCCCAAGCUUAGCCAAAGCUGUCAGCGGCCCUGCACAUGUGUACAUCAAUGGACACCCAUUGGUGGAUGGUUCACACUGGGUGCUGAGCAAACAAAUCUCCCUCCUCUAAUGAAAUGGGAAUGAUAGCGAUUUGAAAAACACUUAUCUUCCAAUAGCCUAAAUACACCAGUCAUUAGCCACUCAGAGGCUGGCCAUUUAGAGGCCAAUUAGCGCAGCGAUUCUGAUCAUUCCUCCAAUUGUUCUAGCUCAUUAAGGCUGGCUGAGGAGCUAUAGGGGAAGAGAGGGGAGGAGGAGGAAGAAAGACAAAGAGAAUGAAAAAAGAAAAAAGUGUAAGAGAGUGGGGAAAACAUAACAAAACAUGACAAAUAUGCAAUUUGCCCCCAUCUGGGAAAAGACAUUUCAUUUGUACUGUAAAACCCUACCUGAAGGCUACUUGCAUAUGAUGCUACAAUUUCAGAUAUGACAAGCAAUCCCACUAUGCCAGAUGCUCAGUAUGCUAAGAAGAGAGGGGUGAGAGGGAUGAGAGGGAUAACCAAUAACAAAAAAUAUGUCCCAAAGUCUGCAUGAGUUGUCUGCUUGCAGAUGAUGGUAAUGCAUAAACCACACUAAAAUGCACAAGUUUGUAUACCAAAACACAUACAUCUCCAUGCAAAGCUGGCAUGAUUUUUUCAUUGCCUCCUUUAUGUGUGACUAUAAAUGACCCCCUCGGUGUAGCGUGUGAAGUUUCUCUGAAACCAGAGCUAGAGCACAUGAUGUUGAUUCUAUGAUCUCAUACCUUUUCCCGCUCAUCACACAUCUUUUUUAUCAUGUACAGUGCACAAACGUCCCCACAGAACAGACACUUGUGGGUUUCAUGCCACCUAAUAAAAAAUAAAUAAAAAUGAAAGUUGCCAAUGUUACCAACACUGUCGAUACAACAUUUGCAGAGCUCUUUCAGAUGUAGCCCUAACAAAUACACAAGCAUCAGAAUUGAUAGGAACACGGUUAUCUGCACAGUGCCUACUCAUAACCAUUUCUCCUCAAACAACAUUGCUACAACUACGGGAAUUUCUCACAAAUGACAUCAGCAUGGCUGAGAGCAAGCACUGUGUUAAGAUUCAGCAUUGAUAAGCGAUAAAUGCAUAAGUAUGAAGUGCAAGCAUGGGAAAGGAUAUGGAUGUGAUGUUGCAUUUGUAUCAGUCUCACCAUCAGUCAGGGGCUUUCUGAGGCCAGUCACAGGAUCCAAUGAAGGCAAACACUUCACGAAACACUUGAGUGAUGCAAGCACAAUAUAUGUUUCUUGGUAAAUGGACAGCAUUUUAUUUCUACAGCACUGUCCUAUAUACACACUGUAGUACUUGAUUUUCAACUCAGCACAAAACCUGGCAUACUGUAGUUGGUGUUGACCACCAGUGGUGUAGUCUACGUAGAACGCGGGUAUACGGAGUAUACCCACUUCUAAAUUUCAGGGAUUUCAGUAUACCCACUUAAAAUUGAUUGAUCCAUUGUUUUGAAUAGCACAAAUAUAUACAGUAUACCCACUUCAAAAAAUGCUCAAAUAUACAGUAUACCCACCAUAAAAAAGUAGACUACACCUCUGUUGACCACUUAUGACUUAACUUGACACCUUAUUGCUAACCUGCAGUGUUUAGAGGUACUGUACAUGCGUUUUGUACCAUGUUACAAUAAUGGUUGUGCAUCUGAACCCUCAAAUGACAAAUUAAGCUGUGCAGCUGCACAGAGGUGCACACAGAUAGCCUAUGUGGUUAAAGUUAGCUUCUUCACCGUCCUUUUACAUGAAGCGUGGGCUUUUUCUGCAUUUGCAAUCAUCAAAGAGGUGUCUGCAAGCAUCAAACAUAUGUGAGUGUGUAAACAAACCAAACAUGCAGUGCUAUGCCUUACGGAACACCACCCACUGAUGGAGAGCAUGAGAGAGUCAUACCGUGCAUGUACGAUCUCUCCAUAAAGGCCUCUGUGUGAAUAUUUAUGACACACAUUUCAGUUUGUCUAGUGCCACUAAUGUUUUGCAUGCAUACUGUUGCAUACGCAUGUAUUGCAUACAUUGGGGUAGCCAUGGCUCAAUGGUUAGAGCGCUGGCCUGGGUCGCAGGUUCAAAUCUCACUCUUCCCAGCACCUUCAUCCAUGGCUGAAGUGCAUUUGAGCAAGGCAACUAAUCCCACAUACCCUGUACCUAAAUCAUUGUAAGUCCCUUUGGAUCGCACCAUGCAUAGGUUUCUUUAUUACACAUGUGUAAUAAAGAAAACUAUGCAUGGUGCAACCUUUUUUCAUUUUUCAGUUCAACAAUAUUUUGGUCAGCACCCUUAAAAGGAAGAAAAAAACUGUUUGGUGACGCCUGCUCCAACCCUUAUGAAGUCCCUUUGGAUAAAAUUAAAAAGCGUCAGCUAACUGUAAUGUAAUGUGAUGUCACACAAAUGCACAAAAUAAACCUCAAACCAAAUAAAUCACAAAAUAAAGACAUACACCUAUAUGACAUACGACUUGACUUGACAUUCCACAAAAAGAAAGACACAAUAAGACGGCAGUCAUAAACAUGAAUAACGUGUGAGUAAUGCUCCUGACAUGGGUCAUGCUAUAGGAAGGUUACACGACACCUUUAUGUAGACCCCUUCAAACAAAGUGUUAAAAAAUAGUCUUUAAGUGUAAAU